GUUAUGUCAAAUUUGCUUGGUUUCAGCUGCAACGCUUAACAUUGUACUACGUAUAUUUUCGGGACAUAGAGCAAUUAGCGGUUUAAAUGUGGUGCAUUUAUUAGUGUGAAAAGUGAGAAGGAGUAUAACUGGAUGGUGUUUUAGUAGUGUGAAUAUAUAGGGUUAACGUAUAAUGAAACUUUCUGAAGUCCUUCAGGCUAUUCGAUUGAUAAAAACAGGCAAUCACGGAACAAGCUUUCAAAAGUAUCAACCAUCUGUGACGGAAAUGAUUUCGGGUGGAAUAAGUCAUCAUCAGUCACCGUAUGGACAUCAUCUCUAUUUGAGUCCGCACUAUGGUAAUCGAGGAUCAAUUCACGCUGUUCCAUCUGUCACUCAUAUUAUAAAACACGUUGGUACUGGCACAAGUGCAAGUGGAGCUUAUGGAGGAGGCCAACAUGGCUACCAUCAUACAUCCGGUUAUGGUGGUCAUGUGGGUGUUUCUAGUGGUGGUCAUGGGGGCGGCGCACCAGCAGGUUAUGACUACCAUCCCCCAACGGGACAUCAUGUACCAGUAGCCGAAACCAUUGAACCAGUUUAUACAACAGGAAAAUCUGGAAAAACCGGUGGAUCAUCGACCAUUACAGCCCUAACCCUACUCUCAUUUCUAUUUUUCCUUAACAUUCUCCAAGGAUGUCUGAAAGAACACAUGGACACGAUGAAUCCAACAGUCAUGGUAAUGACAGCCGGAGUCGCCCGAACCAGGAACAGUAAAUUAGCGGAAAUGAAUUCCAGAGAGCAACAAAAUUCCAUUUCACAUGUUUUGCCUCAGCCUGUGCAGCAAAAUUUGAAUCGAGGUGAACCCUAUCCUGAUGCCUCGACCAAUGUAGACAACCAAACACCAUUUAAUGGAGGCGGCGGCAGUGGCAGCAAUACGAAAAUUGAAUAUAGCAACAGACCUGACCCCGAACCAGAAUACUAUCCAGCUUAUGUAAAUCGAACAUUGACACUGGCUGCUAAUAAUUAUCAGGACCGAUACCAUUACCCAUACCGUCAUUAUCAACGUCUACCCUUACCCUCUCCAUCAUCACCAUCAUCCUCAUCAUCACAAUCUUCGUUCUCUUCCGGUUCCAAUUCACCAAGUAGUAAUUACUAUUCAGAGACAAUGGACCCUUACUACACAAGAAUAAAUUGA